AGCGUUGAUCUAGGAAUCAAAACAACACAACAAAAACAAAAACCCUAGUCGACUUCUAUGGCAGGCAAUAAACCAGGAAGCACGACAUCAGGAGCAAAAUGGGACAAUCCCAAUCAUCUGUUGUAUCUUCAUCAUGCAGACCAACCAGGUGCAAUACUAGUGCCACAACUCUUGGUUGAAGACAACUACAACACAUGGAAUAAAUCGAUGACUAUGGCUUUGACAGUCAAAAACAAGAUCAGACUUGUGAAUGGUUCAAUCAAAGAACCAGAUGAUGAAGAAUCGGAGGAACAUCAACAAUGGAAUUGCUGCAACGAUUUGGCCAAGACUUGGCUGCUAGGAUCGAUGUCUAAAGAAAUUGCUAACAGCAUCAUUAAUUUCAAAUAUGCCACACAGAUGUGGCUUGAAUUGCCAGAGAUAUUUUCAAAUGUUAAUGUGGUUCAAUUAUUUAAUAUUGAGAAUGAGAUUCAUGGCUGCGUUCAGGGUAACAUGUCCAUAGGCUCCUAUUUUACAAAGCUGAAGGGCUUGUGGGAUGAGCGUGAUUCACUUUGUACCUUCCCAAGUUGCACAUGUGGAGAACUCAAAGGGUUUACUGUAUAUUUAGAAACACAAAAAACCAUGUAAUUUCUCAUGGGUCUGAAUGAAUCUUAUGCAGGUGUACGUAGCAACACAUUAUUGCUGGAUCCAUUACCCACAGUAAACAAGGCGUAUUCGCUCGUUCUUCGCCAUGAGAAACAAUCAGAGGUUGCAACAGGGAAGAGUCAUGCUCAACCAGAUGCUGCUGUUUUUUCCGUAAGGAACUCAAGUCGCAAUUAUGAAGGAGAAUCAAACUGCUCCAAAUGUAAUAAAACAAAUCACUCAACCAAAAAUUGUCGUGCUCAUCUCAAAUAAGACUUUUGUGGCUGGAAAGGGCAUACAGCUGAAUACUGUCGGAGGAAGAAAGCAAGUGGCGAGGCUAAGUGGCAUUGCACAUGAAUGAAAGGAAGGAGAUGAAUUUCCAUUCACAUCUGAAGAAUUCAAACAGAUAUAAGACAUGCUGAAAACCAAAUCUUCUUUUGCCAAUCAUGUUAGUAAUUAUCCAACUCAUGAUGAGCUCUAAGGACCUACGCUCGGGGAAGAUGAUUGCGACGGGAAUUGAACGAGAGGGUCUCUACUAUCUCGAUCAAACUAAGAAAGGAAGAUGCAAUAAUACUCAAGCUUCCAACCCAACUCUUUGACAUCAACAUCUUGGGCAUCCCUCAAUCAAAGUAUCUAUGUUAUUUAAGUUUUCAAAUGUCCAAAAUAAAACUUGUGAUACCAACAAGUGUUUUGUCUGUCCUUUGGCUAAACAAACAAGACUCCCUUGUUCAUCAAGUUCUAUUACUACUACUUCCAAUUUUGAUUUAAUUCAUG